AUGGAGGAAUAUAUAUCAUCAAAAAAAUUAAGUGGAUCAGGCUGUUGCGUACCUGGUUGCAGAAAUUAUGGGAAAAAAGGAGGUGUCCAUUUUUAUUCAUUUUCUACCGUUAGUCACAAAAAACCUCAAACCGAAAAAUGGAUUAAAGCAAUAAGAAGAGUAAAUGAGGAUGGAACUCCCUGGCAGCCGAACAAAGGGUCUAGGAUUUGUAGCCAACAUUUUAUUGGCAACAAGAAAUCAGAACAUCCGCUCAGUCCCAGUUUUGUACCUACAAUUUUUCCAGAAGCAUAUUAUGGAAAACAGAUGAACAAAGUGACUCAAAAACUUCUUCUUAAUCGAUUUCAGCGGACUAUGAAGCGACAAAUGGAAAAAAAGAUGGAAACUUUAGAUAACAAUAAUAAAAAAAAGAACAUUGAACCUCAAGAAAAUUACAAUUUGGUAUUUAUCAAAAGUGAAUUAGACAUUAAAGAUGAGCCCGUAGAUGUUUAUUCGGACAAAGAAACACAAGUUAAUUUUUUAGAACCUCCAGACCCUGCUCCACUUACAUUCAUUUGUAAUAAUUAUGUUAAUAAUUCAAGAUCUGAUGCUUCAACACAAGCUUAUAUUCCUUUAAUAAAAAAGUUUUAUUUAGCUAAACAACCAAAAUUAAAAUUAGUAGAAAAAGGAUAUGGUACCAGAGAACUAGGGCCUGACUUUGAAAAGUUAAAUAGUCCGGUUAUUUCCAAGGCUCCUGACGGUUUUCUCGGAAUGUCUUCUGUAGUAUGCGAUCAAGAACUAUUAGAUCUCACUGGUUUGAGAUUAGACGCAUUUAACAUUAUCCUGAAUGUACUCAAAGAAGCUGAAAGAGGUUAUGGCCAGAAAAUAUCACUAGACAACAGAUUAUUAAUCUUCUUUAUGAGAAUUAAAACCGGACUAUCUUUCUCUGCACUAAGUGUCCUUUUUAAAGUUCAUCGAACCAGUAUUUCGAGAAUUUAUCAAUCUACUGCGCAAGCUUUGAUGAAGAAUUUUAAAGAUUAUGUGACAUGGCCUAAAGAAGAAAAUACAAUGUUUAUAACUGAUUUUAGAGCAGUAUUUCCUGAAUUGUUGAAAGCUGUGUACGCCAAGCAUAAGCCUGGUCAUUCUCGUGUUUAA